AUGGUAGUAUUUCCUACUGUCAAAGCAAAUUCAGAAUACGCAGAUGAUCUAGAAGCUGAGGAAUAUCAGGAAAUGGUACGAAGAGCAGUAAUUGAAUUCAAUCAAGAUUCUAACGACACUUACAGAUGGAUCCCUAUGAAAGUUUUAAGUGUUCAUAGCAUGUUUAAUAUUGGUAUCAGAUUCAUCAUUAAAGUAGCAAUGGCUCCUUCCAACUGCACAAAAACUAUACAUACUGAGAAUCUUCCUCUCUUUAAGCCUUACGAAAAAUGCGAGCCUAUAAACACGCUGGACUGGAAAGCAUGUACGUUUGAAGUAUUUCAAUUUAAUUGGAAAGUUCCUGAAAAAGUUACAUUGAUAACUUGUUCCAACUAUAACCAACCAUCACAAGCAUCUAGCAAAAAUUGGUAUUGUGUAUUUAAACGUGUGUAUUCUUCCAUGAAAGAGCAAAUACAACGUUUUAAAACAUACAAGCAAAACAUGCGUUUGGCAGGAAAAUUACAAUUUGAGGAGCGAGGAUCAGCCAUUUACGGUGAAACACAGUUUAGUGAUUUAACAUCUGAAGAAUUCCGCAAAAGAAAAAAAUAG